AUGGGGAUAUUGGAGUCCAACGGGGUGGACUUUGCCACUUUUCAGCUUAAGGGCAAGGCUCGCAGAUGGUGGCAGGCUUACCUUCUUAGCAGGCCAGCGGGUUUGCUUCUCUUGACUUGGGAUCAGUUUACGCAUCUAUUCUUGGAGAAGUACAUACCACCUUCUGAGAGAGGGGAGCUUCGGGGUCAGUUUGAGAGACUCCGUCGGGGUCACAUGUCCGUCACCGACUAUGAGGCGAGAUUCACUGACUUUUCUCUCCAUGAAGCUAUUAUACUCCCCACAGAUGCAGAGAGGGUGAGGAGGUUCAUUGCAGGUCUGCACCCUGAGAUUCAGGUACAUAUGCCCUGUAAGGCAGAGAUGGGGACUUCCUUUCAGCAAGUUAUGGAUAUAGCUCGGAGGAUCGAGCAUAUUCGCAACCGCAGCGGAGAGUUUGCUCCGAGGGACAAGCGGCCCCAGCAAUUUAGAGGAUUUAGUGGGGCCCCACCAGGGACAGAGUUCCAUUCCAGAGAGUACUUACUGCCCACCAACCAUUCAGGGUUCCUCCAAUGGGUAUUCAGGCCAUCAGGGUCAGAUUUUGGGUCAGCAGUCCAUCAUUCCGAGGGGUUGUUUCAAGUACGGGAAUCUUGGCCACGUGAAGAGGUUUUGUCCCAGACUUUAGGGCAAGGCCGAGCAGCAGGACUAUCGGCCCAUGCUUACCGCAACUACUACCACAACGCUCGCCCGCCCGCCCAGCCAGAGGCGGAGGGCAGGUGGCAAGGGGUCAUCCUAGAGAAGGACGUCUCGGUAUUAUUUGAUCCAGGGACUACUUACUCCUAUGUUUCUUCUUUGUUUGCUCCUUAUUUUCAUGUGUCCCGCGAGUCCUUAGGCAUUCUUAUAUAUGUGUCCAUGCCAGUGGCUUAUUCUGUUGUGGUGGAUUGGGUCUACCGAUCCUAUGUGUUGACUUUUUGUGGAUAUGAGUCCCGAGCGGAUCUUCUACUGCUCGAUAUGGUUGAUUUCGAGGUUAUCUUGGGCAUGGACUGGGUUUCCCCGUAUCACUCCAUUCUUGAUUGUUAUGCCAAGGUUGUCACUUUGGCGAUGCCUGGGUCGCCCAGAUUAGAGUGGAGAGGUAUGCCGCCGGAUCUGGAUAUUGAUUUCGGCAUUGAUUUGGUGCCGGGCACCCAGCCUAUCUCUACUUCGCCUUUUUGUAUGGCUCCUAAGGAGCUUAGAGAGCUAAAGGAGCAACUUCAGGAGUUGCUUGAGAAGGGGUUCAUUAGACCUAGCAUGUCGCCUUGGGGCGCACCAGUGUUGUUUGUGAAGAAGAUGGAUGGGAGUAUGCGGAUGUGUUUCGAUUACCUCCAGUUGAAAAAAAUCACCAUUAAGAAUAAGUACCUAUUGCAGCGUAGUGAUGAUUUAUUUGACCAGUUGCAGGGUGCCAGGGUGUUCUCAUCAACUUGA